UUCCUCAUUUGCAGCCUUUCAUUCAUCACUUUCUCCGUUGAAAAAGAUCUGCCCCAGAAUCGCCUACAGUUGUCCUUCACCCUGGUGCUGACCGCCGUUGCUUUCAAGUCAGUGGUCAACCAGAGUUUGCCGAGAAUAUCAUAUUUAACAUACAUGGACAAGUACCUCUUAACGUCUAUGAUCAUGAUGUCUGCGAUCUGUACUUGGCACGGGAUUGUGACCACUAUAAAAACAGACAGGCCAUCCUUGGACUACAUAGAACACAUUGUACUGGGGGCUUUAGGCGUCAUAUACUUGGUUUAUAACGUGGGCUUCUGUAUAAUGAUCUACCUAUUUCCGUGUCGAAAACGAAGGAUAAUGGCACAAAAGGACAGAGAACAUUACAAGGUCA